CAAAGCUAGACCUCUGUCAUUGAGACAAAAGUAAUGGGAAUAUGGCAAGCAGGAAUUGCAAGAUUACUUCUCCUUCAACUCUUAAUAGCAAGUGCAUUUGCAGCAGAUCUUGAAAACCCAGACUCUGAAAAACCACCAACAAACAUACCAAAAAACUCAACAAACCAAUUCAUACCAUUGAAUUCAACAAUCAAUUCCCUACCAGGAUGGUCAUAUCAAGGCACUGUACAGUAUAUCAUUUCCUCAGGUCAGGAAGGAAAUUCAAUAUAUUUAGGCCAAAAUGGAAAAAUUAGUCAAACAUUUAAAGCAGUCGAAGAACAUGAUCAGAAUUAUGAUUAUUUACUUACUAUUAAUCUGUUCCGAAUAGAUCAGUUAUUGUCUCAUUCGACAAGAAAUUUGGGAAUUCAAGUAGUUGGCAGACUCAUGCAUGCUAUUUGGGUGUUUAUGGAAAUAAAGAGUUGAUUAAUCUUACUCUUGAAAAUCAAAGUACUAACACCACUAAAUGUGGUGGGGUUUUGGAUUCAUUCAUUCUCAGGCUAAUUCCGAAUCCCGCAAACUACGGUAUGUACAGAAUAAACUUCCUCAUUUUUUUAACAUUAGACAAAUAAGUUGAGGUAUAGGUCUACGGUAUAUGCUGGUUUAAUCUCCACAGACACCGACGGCGUAAUCAAAGAUGGGCCACUACUCAAAGAAAAGAAAAACCUGGUGCUAAAUGGCGGGUUCGGAGUCGGGCCAGCGUUUCCCAACAACAGUUCAUAAUUACACAAUAUUAAUUGGUUCCUUCGAAGUGGGUGUUCAAGCAGGAUCAACAGUUCAUAAUUACACAAUACAAAGAACUCCAGGGAUUUUGUGGAGCGCUAUUUUAUUCACAAUCAAAGCAGAUUCAAGUGUCACUCCUAUUAGUAUACGAAGUAUCAGAACAACCAAAACUAAGGAUCAAGUUUUCUGCGGUCCUAUUAUUGAUAACGUUGUUCUUGUUGCUGAUAACGUUGUUCCUGUUGAUUCAUAUGGCUUGAAAUUGCAAGUAAGUGUUGUGUUUGUUGGUAUUG